CGGGAGUAAAACUACUUAAGUCUGAAGCUUCGCGAGGAAGCGAGUGCCAAGACUUACCUCGAAGCUCCGACUUGCCGACUUUCGACGACACUUUCAACCAGGUCCAUCAACCAACCACCACCAACUUCCAACUUCAAUCUCUCGCACCCUUAUCACAGAGUUCACCUCUCUCUAUUCAUAUCUAUUUGCUCGUAACAAAAGCUUCACCACCACCACCGCCACCACCAAGAUGAAGCCCGUCGUAGGAGUAAUGCAAGCUUGGUCUUGCAUCGUCAUCUCAGUAUUUGCCGUCAUCAUCCUCUCUAUCAUCGGCUCUCUCUUCAAGAGUAACAACCACGCACUCUUGGGUGGAAAAGAGGACCCUGAGGACGGGGCUGCGGUCGCCGCUACGGUCUUUUCUGCUGUUAUUGUCUAUGUGGUUUUCAUCGUUGGUUGCGGUUUCCAAGCUUACCUACAUUUCCGCGACAAUCGAAGAGGUGCUAUUACUCUUUCUUAACAAACGAUUGGCGAUCAGCACUGGUAUAUAUGAGUUAGGCAUAGAAUUUUGGGGUCGAUUCGGCGGCGUAUGGUGUUCAUUUCAUUUUGAGACAAUCCUAUCGAUGGAAAUUGUAUUGUAUGAAAGUGCGGAAUGAGAUGGAAUGAUAAUACUGGUUCAUUGAUUCUAUGAACUUGCCACGCAAGAUUCGGGGUAUGCCGAGAUAUUGUCAACCCAAAUAACGUGUCUGUCACAGCAAACUCCCUACAUAUCUUCAGCUUGGCUGGAUAGAUUGAUAUCUGGCGAAUAUAGCAGAGGGCGUUAGUUUCACCAUUUUCCGCAUCUUCCCAAGACACCUAGGUUGUGAAUGAGAAAUAUCAUUUGAUACUUUUCCGA